AUGAUUUCCAAUAAAUUAUUUAAAGCCAAUAAAAAUAAUAAUAAUAAUAAUAAUAAUAAUAAAAAUAAAUGUGUUACACAUAAAGAUAAAACAAUUAAAUUUCUUUGUGUAGAUUGUUCAAGUGACCCAGUUUGUAAUUCUUGUGUUGUUUCACCAAAACAUAGAGGUCAUACAUUUGAUGAAAUUAAAUUUGAAAAUACAAAUUCAAUAUUGGAAGAAUUUAAGAAUCAACUUUUCCCAAAAUUAAACGAAUGUUACAACUCGGAUCAAGUAUUAUUAAAACAAUCCAAUUUAGAUUUUAAAAAGAUUGGAGAUGAACAUGAAACAAAUGUUAAAUUAUUACAAGGUGUAAUUAAUCCAAUACAAACUUUACUCGAUACAAUUUUAAAUGAUGGUAUUGAUCAGUUACUUACAAUUUUCGAUCAAAAUCAAGAUAUUAACAAACAAAUAUCUUUUAAUGUUGAAAGAAAUAAUAAUUUAACUGAUCAAAUAAUUAAAAGCCAUAAAGUUGAAGAAGAUUUAAUCUUAAAAUUACAAAAACAAAGACAAAGACAAUUACAACUAGAGCAAGAGCAAGAACAAGAAAAACAAAAACAACAACAACUACAACAAGAACAAGAACAACAACAACAACAGCAACAGGAGCAAAUUCCUCAAGAUCAACCACCACAAGAUCAACCACCUCAAGAUCAACCACCUCAAGAUCAACCACCACAGGAUCAACCACCUCAAGAUCAACCACCUCAAGAUCAACCACCUCAAGAUCAACCACCUCAAGAUCAACCACCUCAAGAUCAACCACCUCAAGAUCAACCACCACAACCUCAACCCCAACAAGAUCAACCACAAGAAGAUCAACAACCAGAAAUUAUUUUUAAAAAUUAUAAUAUUAGAGAAAUGUUUGAAAAUAAUGAGCACAUUGAAUUAAUAAAAGAUUAUCAACAAUCUAAAAUUUUAUUAUCGGAAGAUACAAAUAAUUAUAGAAAGGAAAUAUUAGAUGAUUAUAGAAGUUCAACUGUUACAUUGAAUCAACAAUCUAUUGAUUCAAUGAAGGAAUUAAUGAAAUCAAUAUUUAUCAUUCAUUCUAAAUCUAUCAAUUUUGCUAAAAAACCAAAAAGAGUUCAAUUUGGUGAUAAAGUUUUCACCUAUUAUAAUAAGGAUGAAAAUAAUGGUAUCAUCUCAACUGAGAUCACUCAUUUAGCUAUUCCAUCAAAUAGUAAUAUAAAAAUUAUUGAAGGUGGUGCCUAUAUACCAGCCAAUGUAAAACACUGUUUAUUAUUAGAUGGAUUUAAUCAACCUUUGGAACCAGGAUUUUUGGCACCCACAAUAACUCAUCUUCAUAUUUGCACCAUCAAAACACCUUUAUUAGUUGGCUCAAUUCCAAAUGGUGUAACUGAUUUAUUUCUUCAUGAUGGAUUCUCUGAACCAAUUAGCCAAGAUAUCAUUCCUCCCUCUGUACAAAAUCUUUAUUUGUGUGAUAUAAAAUUACCUUUUAAAUCCCCAAAUUCAAUACCAUCCACUGUUGCUACAAUCAUUAAAACUGAUACCUUCAAACAUUUUAUAACACCAAAAGGAAAUAAUCAACCCUAUCAAUCCCCAGUCUUAACUUUUUUAAAUGAUUAA